UGUAGUUUGCGAGAACCUCUCUCUCUUUUGGUACGGUUUUGGUUGUGCCCACUGUCCUGUUUCGGUUUCUGUUUCCUUUCAGAACAGAAUCAAAUCAAUCCUUCACCGCUCAUUCAAUUCAUUUUCUUCGGUUUCCCGUUUUUUUCCUCAAAAAUAAAAACCAUAACUUUGCUUUUAAACUUGAAACCCCACCCUGAGAUUUCGCCUCCAGAAUCUUGAUCCCUUCAUCCAGAGACACCCUUUCUUGUUUUCUUCCCAUUGGGUUUCUUCUUCUUCCUUGUUUGUGAAAAUGGCUUCUAGUAUAGGCAUGAUGGAUAGCGCGUAUUUUGUCGGCAGAAACGAGAUUCUCACUUGGAUCAACAACCGCCUUCAACUUAACCUCUCUCGCAUUGAGGAGGCGGCAUCUGGUGCUGUACAAUGCCAGAUGAUGGACAUGACAUAUCCAGGGGUUGUUCCAAUGCACAAGGUAAAUUUUGAUGCAAAGACAGAGUAUGAUAUGAUCCAGAAUUACAAAGUUUUACAGGAUGUGUUCAACAAGCUGAAAAUUGACAAGCAUAUUGAGGUUAGCAGGCUUGUUAAAGGCCGACCUUUGGACAACUUGGAGUUCCUGCAAUGGCUGAAACGUUAUUGUGAUUCUGUAAAUGGUGGCAUUAUGAAUGAGAACUACAAUCCUGUGGAGCGUAGGGGUAAGGGUGGAAAGGACCGAAAUGUUAAGAGUCUAAAGAGCUCAAAAUCCCUGCAAACAAAUACUAUGAAUCAUUCUAGUUCAGGCGACUCACUCGGGCCCAAGCAAUUGAGGUCAAGUGGAGGAGCAGAUGGGGCUAAUUCUUCAACGGAGAUUCAGGCCUUGUCCAAGCAGGUUACUGAUCUCAAACUCUCGGUGGAUCACUUGGAAAAAGAAAGAGACUUCUACUUUGCUAAACUAAGGGAUAUAGAAAUUCUUUGUCAGGCUACAGAACUGGAGAACGAUCCUAUGUCUGUGGCAAUUAAGAAGAUUUUGUAUGCUGCUGAUGCAAAAGGAUCCGCAUUAGAUGAAGCUCAGGAAUUCCUUAAUGAAGCGAUGAAUGGCGAUGAAGCUGAAGCAGAAACUGAAGCCUGAUUACACCCAGAAAUAGGUCCUUGUAAAACAAGCUUAGUGGCAUCUUUGAUGACCAAGACUGGAAAUCCUUGCUCGUGCCAUGGCCAUAAAGUGCUAUUUAAUGACAUAGCUUUAGUUGCAUGGUCCUUCUGGUUUCUUCCUGUAAGCCUGAAUGGAUAAUCAGAUAUUCUGGUUCAUGU